AUGGGGAACUCAUAUGGCCAUGUAAUUCAUGCUUAUUUGCACCCAGAAGAAGCUCCGGAUUGGAAUAAACCACCAACGUUCGAUCCAAAUGUGGGCUUUCCAAAUGGACGAAAACCUCGAGUUAUGGUUGCCACCCAAGAAGAAUUAAACAUGCACAAUAUUCCCCUGGACAAACGUGACUAUUGUGCCCACCAUUAUAUAAAAUGGAUGACAUGUCGGAAACAGGUGUAUCCCUUUACUACAAAAUGUCAUCAUGAAAAACAUGAAUAUGACCAGUGUGAAUUUGAUGAUUGGGUUCUUCGCAUGAAGGAAUACGAGCGUGAAAAACGAUUGAAAAUGCGAGCUGCUCGUAUCAAAGCAAAAAAAGAGGCAGAAAUAAGCGAGUUGUACAAAUGUAAAGGAGGGACACUUUACGUUGAACACCGCUUCGGUGUUAGUUCCCAUGUGCGCUCUUCCAAUACGGAACACAAGUUCGAUGGUGUUUUGAAAUUAGCAAUGUGUGGAAUUUGCUGCAUUUUUGGUCCGGCAGAUAAUGUUACCUUAAAAGAGAAGGAACAUUUGGUAUCUUGUUCCAGAAUUGGGAACCGUGGUCCUGAUGCCUGUAAAUGGGAAUCCAUUAAUCUUUCUAACCAAACACUAGCUGCAUUCUGUGGCUAUGUUCUCCACCUUCGUGGCCAGUUGACCCCACAACCACUGACUGACAAACAUGGAAAUUUACUUCUUUGGAAUGGUGAGGUAUUUGGUGGAUUAUCUCCAUUACAGGAAGAUGAUAAUGAUACUCAAGUCCUCCUGGAGCAUUUGGCUUCUUGCAACAAUGAUAAACAACUGGUAUCUUUAUUCUCUUAUCUGCAAGGACCAUGGGCUUUUAUCUAUUGGCAGGCUGCAAGCCAGAAACUAUGGUUUGGCAGAGAUGUCUUUGGGCGUCGGAGUCUUCUGUGGCAUCUUCCAGAGUCAACACAGGAUGUUUUUAUACUGAGCUCUGUCCGCAUAGGAAUCCAGGACUUUGUAGAACUCCCGUCCUUAGGAAUCUUUUGCCUAAAAUAUGACCCUGAAACAACCAAUCACGGGUCUAAGCAACUGACCCUCUAUCCCUGGUUGAACACCGUUUGGCCUGCUACAGGAGAAUACAUUGAUGGAGACCUUGAAUCUAAAACAGCUGAUAUUCUUUCUCAUUGUUCUUGUAUAUCAUUGCACAUAUCAUCAUAUACACCUCAUACAUUUCUUCCUUCAAUUUGCAAAGAUCUUCCUCCUACAAAUUAUAACAUCAUUCAUGGAAAUGCAAGUGUAGCUAUCUUAUUUUCUGGAGGCUUAGAUGCCACUGUCAUUGCAGCAUUAGCUGACCGCUACAUUCCAUCUGAAGAACCAAUUGAUUUACUGAAUGUGGCUUUUGCUGCUAACACAGAGAGUAACAGAAAAACAAAUAAGAAAGGAAGGCAAUCAAAAGGUUUUGAUCAACAAACAAAGGAAACCAUGACCUCUCCAUUUUCUGUUCCUGACCGUCUCACUGGUUAUGCUGCUCUCCAAGAGCUGAAUCCAAACAGAAGGUGGAAUUUCAUUGAAGUAAAUAUCAUUUUGGAAGAGUUACAGCAAACCAGAAAGAAUCAAGUGGCUGACCUGCUAUAUCCCUUGUGUACAGUUCUGGAUGACAGUAUUGGUUGUGCAGUGUGGUUUGCUGCUCGAGGCCAAGGAAUUCUGGGAAAUGGUCCCCAUAAAGGACAUCCUUACUGCAGUCAUGCAAAGGUAAUUCUCUGUGGAAUGGGAGCAGACGAAUUAUUUGCUGGGUAUUCAAGGCACAGAGUUUGUUUUAGUAAAGGUGGCUGGGAGGGUCUUAUUGAAGAAAUGCAAGUGGAAAUUAAUCGAAUCUCUUCUCGAAACCUUGGACGUGAUGAUCGAAUUAUAUCUGAUCAUGGCCGAGAGGCAAGGUUCCCUUAUCUGGAUGAGAAAGUUACAAACUUCCUAACAAAACUUCCUGUACAUAUUAAGACUAAUCUAACACUAGUACGUGGACUAGGUGAGAAAUUGUUACUCCGUCUCUGUGCUCUCCAUCUGGGCCUCCCAACCACAGCUAUCCAACCCAAGAGAGCCAUCCAGUUUGGUUCAAGGAUUGCCAAAUUAGAGAACUCAAAGGAGAAGGCUAAUGAUGUAUGUAUAAGAUUAGGUACAAAAUAA